GUCGUGGGGAACGGACGCGCGCUCCUCGGCCCGGCUUUGUCCUCUCGUGCUUUGCGUUUUCGAAGGAGGGAGGCAGAAGAAAGAAACUUUGUCUCCCGGUGUUUGUUGGUGGACUAUCUUCUCUUUUCUAAAACAGUAAUAUAAAAGUAAUUUGAAAUACUCUAACAAAACAUAAAAAAGGUAAAGAAAUAAUAACAAUAGUAUUAUCAGUGAAGAAAACAAAAACGAAAAGAAAAAUACAGUAGGUCACAAAAAAAAGAAGAAACCAAUGAAUAGAAAAUCGUAGGAGAAUUAAAAAAAAAGCCAAAGGAGAGAGAAAAGAAAACCCAGAAGGACUCCUCAAGAUAUGCCCAAGACGUCGGUCCUCCUGAGAUGAUCGUCGCGGUCGGCUCCUUCAGGAUGUGGAACCCCAGGCCCGUGUCCGCCGCCCCCGGCGCCUCCGUCGCCCUGCUCUUCGCUCUUCUAGGUUGCAGUGUGGAGGCCUUGAGGCUGAAGUCGGUGACGGUCCCUUCACACCAGAUCACCGGCGCUUCGGUCGAGCUCGAGUGCAACUAUGAGCUCGAGGGCGACGUCUUGUACUCGGUCAAGUGGUACCGCGGUGAGAACGAGUUUUUUCGCUACGUGCCCGCCGACAGCCAUCCGAUGCAGGUGUUCGAUCUCCCGGGCGUCUCUGUUGAUACCGCCCUGAGUGACUCACGCAAGGUGACGCUGAGGACCGUGAGUCUGCAGUCGUCGGGAAAGUACAAGUGCGAGGUGUCAGCGGAUAUGCCGUCCUUCCACACCGAGUCCCGGAGCUCCGAGAUGCUCGUUGUGGACCUGCCCGACGAAGUCCCAACGAUCAGCGGCGGUCAGGCCAAGUACCACGUGGGAGAUGAAGUCCACGUCAACUGCACGUCCGCCCGCUCUCGUCCCGCCGCCUCCCUCAUGUGGUACAUCAACGACGACCAGGCCGAGAGCAGGUUCCUGGUGGAGUACGCGCCGGAGAACGACACAGAUGGCCUCGAGACCUCCAGGCUCGGCCUCCGCUUCAUCGUUGGUCCUCGACACUUCCCGCAGGGAGAACUUCGCCUCAAAUGCACGGCCACCAUUGCAGCUGUUUACUGGCAGAGUUCUGAAGAGUCCGUGGAAGGACAACUGCCCCAGACUGGACCCGCCCUGGAGAGUAAAGGGGUGUAUACAGGCGGCAGCGUGAGGUUCCUCCCCAACGCCUGGCUGGCUGCAGUGGGCGUGGUCAUGGCCCGGGCGCUCCUCCCCUUCCUCCCCCGCUCAUAGACCUCCCUGCAUAACCUGCUCCCUUAAGCCCCCCUUUCCCCCUUGGUAGUGUCAGCUGAACCUCGCUAGUAGUCGCAGCUUCACCAGCGGAGAGGAGGAGGAAAAGGAGAUGAGACAAAGAAGAACAGGAGAUGAGGGAAAGAAGAAAAGGAGAUGAAAGAAAGAAGAAAAAUAUGAAAUGGAGGCGUGAGAGAAAAAAGAAAAAGAAGAAAACAAAAGAAAAAGAUUAAAAGAUUGUUGACAGUGACGAUUGCCCCAAGGCGAUUGCUGAGGACACUCGCAGUGCGGAUUAGCGAUUCGUCCUUAAGGGGGCACGGCGAUUGCUUUCCUUGGUGUGUGUGACGUGAAAGAAGAGGUGAAUGUAUUGAAGAAAAGGAAAAAAAUAGAACUAUGAAGGGAAAGUAAAGAAAUAUAUCUAUAUAUGUUAAUUUUAACUGUGUUUGGGUCGAGUUAAGAUAAGAAAAGAAAAAAAUGAUGAAAAGGAAACCUCAGUGUUUUGAGAAAACGUGCGACGUCGAGGUUCAUUUUCUACGCUGCUUUAGAUAUUUGAUAAGACAUAUUAGACCAUGAACUGAGGAUAUUUUAUCUGUUAUUGUAUCUAGAGGCACAAGUUAUACAGAGAACGCGCGCAGAGGAUGUAGUUCUGUACCUGUCCCUGUGCGUUUACCUCCCCCUCGUCCAGAUAUUUGAACUCCCCGAGCCCUUUCCCCUUUCCCUUUCCCUCUCCCCUUCCCCUUUUCCUUUCCCGUUUCCCUUUCCCUUGCCCCUUCCCCUUCCCCUUCACCUUACCCUUUCAUUACUCUUCCCUUAACCUUCCCUUGUCUUUCUCUUUCCCUUUACCCUUCCCUUACCUUUCCCUUUACCCUUCCCUUGGCCCUCCCUUGCCCUUCUCUUACUCUUCCCUUGCCCUUUCCUUGCCCUUCCUCCAUGGUUUCUUUAAUAUGUUGUAUGUAAUGUCUCUUUCAUCAAAGGUACACUCUCUCUCUUUUUAAUUACUUGCCUUUGUAACUCUUUUUCUCCUCUUCCCUUUUUUCUUAACAACUUUUCUUUUCCAAGUCGUCUUUUAUUGCCUCUUGUGUGAUUUCCUACUCCUUCUCCCCCAGCGCUUCCUUCCUCUACCUCUGUUGGAGUCUUUCCAAUUUCCUGUGUUCUGGCUGUCUCUGGUAUUUUCUUUUUCCCUUCUUCUGUGAUCUUGCUUUCUCCGUCUGUCGGUGUCUCUGUCUCUCUAUGUAUCUGUUCAUAUACGUCUGUCGGUUUCUCUCUUUUUCUCUCUCAUUCUCUCUUUUUUCGUCUGUUGGUUUCUCUGUCUCUCUGUGUAUUUGUUUA